CCUCAGCUUCCUGAGUGCAGAACCAAACACAGAGGCGUACUAAUCUAUCUGUGAAACGAGUUCGACAACGUCGAGGAUGAAUCAUCAUUCGAUAUGCUUCGGCAUUUAGCAUUGUGUGUCCAGUCCGACCCCAGGUAUCGCCACAUCCUGACCAUGUUAUGCUAUCUACAUCUAAUAUCCAGCUUGUUUGAUAGGAGACUACUAGAAUCAAGAGCUGAUAGACGAAGAGAUGUGCAAAGCAUUAGGACGUGCGGCCAUAUCGUGAAAGGUACUUGUCGUCGGUGUUGUGGCGGUUCGAUGCAUUUCAGUAGAAGAAUUCUUCUCUUAUCAGCAACAGAUAUUUAAAUCACAGUUAUAUGAUACUGAUAUUGUCGUGAAUUAAAAAAAAUUAUAUCCAUGAUCCCAUAAGUAAAGUAG